GCGACGUCAGCUCUCGUCGCGGCCCUCCCGCCGCCAUCGCCUUUCGCGGCGAUGCUGCGACGGUCAAAAUUCGCGACAUACGACCCUCAAGUUGCCCAAAUCUACACCGCCUAUGGUGGGUACGCACACCGCGGGGACUGGGGCCUCAAGCGCCCCCUGUCUGUCCGCAAGCGCGAUAAAUACAUCACCAUCCAAACCAUCGACUCGCCAGAGCAGCAGACGGAGUGGCGUACUGGAGAGUCGGAGAGCCGUUGGAUUCGACGGUGGAGCGAGGUUGGCACCGAAGUUCAGAUGAGAGGGAUAUGGGAUCGUCAGACCGUGAACCAUGACUGGGUUAUCGAUUCAGAUUUCACUCUAGGAACCGAGGAUGGUGCGGUGUUGAAGGCACAGAAGGCACAGAUGCAGAAGACGAAGGAUGCAGAAUUACUUGCGGAGGGUGAUCGGGUCGCAGAAGCGGGCGAGGAGCAGAUGGUGGAAAACACAGAGCCAGCUGAGCAAACUCCCCUUUCUGCAUACAACGCAGUCGUCCCCAAUAUCAUGGCCAUGAGCCCCAAGGAGUUCGAGAGCUACGUCGAAAAGCUUCGAGCGCAGAGGCCGCAGUUCAAGCAGUUCCUCAAAAACCAGGUUCAACAGACCCAAGCUGCGCGGGCGAAAGAUAACAGGGCCAUGGCUAUCAUCGUGCAAGAACCCUUCGAGGAAGCCCAACGAGCCUCCGCUCUUCUAGUGCGCAAGGCAUUCCUUCAGCAUUCCGUUCAGGAGCAGUACCGCGAUCCCUCUUCCCGUAUGAUCGAGCAACGUCCUCACCGCAACGCCGGUCUCUCGUAUGCGCUCGCCUCCCCGUUAACCAAUUUCUUCUUGGUCAAGCCUCAGCCUGGACGGCAGAUUACUGUGCAAGAAAAACCCAUGAUCAGUUUUGGAGGGAUGGUUUCCACUCUUGCUGGAUCGUCCGAUGUACAGGAUAAUCUCUCUCUCCGCAUGGCAUCCGCAAAGUUGUUAUCUACUCCACGCGUCGUUGGGGAACAACCCUCUGGACUGGAAGGAGUGGGGCUCGAGACGACAGUGCGGGAUAUGUCCGAGAUGGCGUUGAUUCGGAGGAGUCCUCACAAGCCGGGAUCGCGCAAGUAUGUUGGACAGGCGCGCACACACCUCCAGAGCAAGACCAGGCGCCUGAGCAUGACGAGUCCUCGCUCAAGAGAGAAGGCAUCAUCUGUCCCGCUGAGACAAGCGAAUAGCGCUAGCACUAAGGUUGCGUCGACGACAGCCUUACUAGAUACGUUGAACCGGAUUGUGAAGGUUGGGGCCGUUGGGCACGACUAGAUCGAGCACAACGAUUGUCAUAUAUACAUCUGUCUAUCCUUUACGGAGUAAUCAGGCUAUGUAAUGCUUUUCGGAGGUCACCAUCCUUCUC